CCGAUACUUGUCAACAUCGCGUAUCAAGUUCAAGCGAGAUUUUUCAGUGAAUUUAAAAGAAUUUUUUAUUUUUCAUCCAUCUAAAAUGUUUAAUUUGUGAUAGAGGUACUCAAAUAAAGCCUUAAAAUGUCGCUCGAAAUACCUUUGAUGAGCACCGAUGAGGUGAUUGAGCUCGACCCAGAACAGCUACCAUCAGGUGAUGAAGUUUUGAGUAUAUUACAACAAGAGCGCUCUCAACUUAAUGUUUGGAUCAAUGUUGCUCUUGCGUACUACAAACAAAAAAAGAUCGAUGAUUUCCUCAAAAUACUGGAGGCAUCCCGUGUGGAUGCCAACAUUGACUAUAGGGACUUUGAAAGAGACCAAAUGCGUGCUCUCGACAUGCUUGCCGCGUACUAUGUUCAAGAAGCAAAUAAAGAAAAGUCAAAAGACAAGAAAAAAGAGCUUUUUACAAAAGCUACACUUCUGUACACAAUGGCAGAUAAAAUUAUUAUGUAUGACCAGAAUCAUCUACUUGGCCGUGCAUACUUUUGCCUGCUUGAAGGUGAUAAGAUGGGGCAAGCAGAUACACAGUUUAAUUUUGUACUAAAUCAAUCACCAAACAAUGUGCCUUCUCUACUUGGUAAAGCUUGUAUUGCAUUCAAUCGUAAGGAUUACAGAGGUGCUUUAGCGUUUUAUAAGAAAGCGCUGAGAACCAACCCUAACAGCCCUGCUGCUCUUCGUCUGGGAAUGGGGCACUGCUUUAUGAAAUUAAAUAACCAGGAGAAAGCUAGGAUGGCUUUUGAAAGAGCAUUACAACUUGAUUCACAAUGUGUGGGAGCACUUGUGGGCCUGUCAAUAUUAAAACUCAAUCAACAGGAGAGUGAGUCCAAUAAAAUGGCUGUGAUAAUGCUGUCUAAAGCAUAUGCCAUUGAUCCCAAAAAUCCAAUGGUAUUAAACCACUUGGCUAAUCAUUUUUUCUUCAAGAAGGAUUAUGGCAAAGUGCAACAUCUUGCAUUACAUGCAUUUCAUAACACAGAAAAUGAAGCAAUGAGGGCAGAGAGUUGCCAUCAUCUAGCCAGAGCUUUUCAUGCCCAAGGUGACUGUGAUCAGGCUUUUCAGUAUUAUUAUCAGGCAACACAGUUUGCCCCUCCUAACUUUGUAUUGCCGCACUAUGGUCUCGGACAAAUGUAUAUCUACAGAGGAGACACUGAAAAUGCAGCACAGUGUUUCGAAAAAGUACUUAAAGCACAACCUGGAAAUUAUGAAACAAUGAAAAUUCUUGGUUCGUUGUAUGCUAACUCUCCUUCACAACUACAAAGGGACAUUGCAAGACAGCACUUAAAGAAGGUCACUGAACAGUUCCCUGAUGAUGUGGAGGCUUGGAUUGAAUUGGCACAAAUAUUGGAACAAAAUGAUUUACAGGGAUCUCUAAAUGCUUAUAGUACAGCUAUGAAAAUUCUGAAAGACAAAGUCAAUGCUGAUAUUCCUGCGGAAAUCCUUAAUAAUGUGGCUGCUCUUCAUUAUCGUCUUGGAAAUUUACCUGAAGCUAUGAAGUAUUUGGAAGAAGCCUUGGAAAGAGAGAAAGCAGAUGCCGAAACUUUAGACGCACAAUACUAUAAUUCUAUUGCCGUUACCACUAUGUACAAUCUAGCUAGGUUGAAUGAAGCACUCUGUGUAUAUAAUAAAGCUGAAAAACUGUAUAAAGAUAUAUUGAAGGAACAUCCCAAUUAUAUUGAUUGCUACUUGAGGUUAGGUUGCAUGGCGCGCGACAAGGGUCAGAUCUACGAAGCGUCCGAUUGGUUCAAAGAAGCGUUAAAAGUGAACAUAGAGCACCCGGAUACGUGGUCUCUGUUGGGUAACCUGCAUUUAGCUCAACAGGAGUGGGGCCCGGGACAGAAGAAAUUCGAAAGGAUAUUGCAGAAUUCGUCUACGUCUACCGAUGCGUACUCGCUGAUCGCUCUCGGAAAUGUCUGGCUUCAAACUCUUCACCAGCCGUGCCGGGAGAAGGAUCGCGAAAAGAGACAUCAGGAGAGAGCACUCGCUAUGUACAAGCAAGUGUUGAAGAACGACCAGAAAAACAUUUGGGCAGCUAACGGUAUUGGUUGUGUACUGGCGCAUAAGGGUUGUAUAAAUGAAGCGCGUGAUAUUUUCGCCCAAGUGCGAGAGGCAACUGCCGACUUUCCAGAUGUAUGGAUGAACAUCGCACACAUAUAUGUUGAACAGAAACAGUACAUCAAUGCUAUACAGAUGUACGAGAACUGCAUCCGCAAGUUCCGUGCGGCGCACUCGGUGGAGUGGCUGACGUGGCUGGCGCGCGCGCAGACGCUGGCGGGGCGCGCGCGGGCGGCGCGGGGCUCGCUGCUGCGCGCGCGCCGCGUGGCGCCGCACGACAGCGCGCUGCUGUACAACACCGCGCUGGCGCUGCGCCGCCUCGCCGCGCACGUGCUCAAGGACGAGCGCUCCGAGCUGCGCGUCGUGCUGCGCGCCGUGCACGAGCUGCACGUCUCGCACCGGUACUUCCAACGUCUGGCGACAGUGGAGAGCGGUGAAGGCGCGGAGCGGGCGCGCUACGAGCCGAGCGCGGCGGCGGGCGAGGCGCGCACGUGCGCGGACCUGCUGUCGCAGGCGCAGUGGCACGUGGCGCGCGCGCGCCGCCAGCACGAGGAGGAGGUCACGCUGCGGGACCGCCAGCGCGAGCAGCGGGAGGCGUUCCGCCGGCAGCAGGAAGAAGAGCGCAAACGCCGCGAGGAAGAAAUGGCCAAAAGCACAGUGGAGAUGCUGCAGAAGCGUCAAGAGUUCAAGGAGAAGACGAAGAACGCGCUGCUGUUCGCGGACAUGCCGACCGAGAGCAAGGCGAAGGGCCGCCGCCGCCGGGACGAGUACGUGUCGGACUCGGGCAGCGGCAGCGACCGCCCAAGGGAGGAGGGUCGCGAGCCAAAACAAAAGAAACGCAAGCGCGAAGCCGGAGAAGGCAAGAAAGGGCGCGGCAAGAAGACGCGCGACCGACGCGGCAGUGGCAGCGACAGCGAUCCGCCCAGGAAAAGAGGCAAGAAGAAGGGAGAACGGGGCAUCGGCCGUCGCGAAAAAGCCAAAAUGGUUGAAGAGAAGCUCAGCAGCAAGCAGCGCGCGAAGAUUGUGUCGAAGGAAACAAUCUCGACGUCCGAAUCGGAUUCAGACGCGAGUCGCAAGUCGCGAAGUCGCAGUCGCAGUCGCAGUCGUAGUCGCAGUCGCAGUCGCAGCGGCAGUCGCAGCCCGCCCGCUAACAAGGGACGCAAGAGGAUUAUGUCGGCGUCGGAUAGCGAUAGGUCUCGCUCGAAAAGCAGAUCAAAAUCGCGUAGUCGCUCACGUUCUGGUUCAGCGAAAAGUCGAUCUAAAAGUCGAUCCAAGAGCCGAUCCAGGUCCAAAAGUGGUUCACGAUCGAGGUCCAGGAGUAGGUCCAAGUCGAAGAGCCGCUCCAAGUCGAAGAGCCGCUCCAAGUCGAGGAGCCGCUCGAAGUCCAAGUCGAGAAGCAAGUCGAGAAGCAAGUCGAGAUCCAAGAGUAGAUCUCGAUCGAAGAGCGGGUCGAGGUCGAAAAGUCCGUCGAGAUCUCGUUCAAGGUCCAAAAGCCGCUCCAAAUCAAAGAGCGUUUCUAGGUCCCGAUCCAGGUCUAAAAGUGGAUCCCGUAGUCGUUCUGGAUCACGAUCUAGGUCUGGAUCUAGAUCUAGAUCUGGAUCCAGGAACUCCAGACCAGCAACGCCUGAGUCUAGGAAGUCUGUAUCAGCUAGUGAAGACGAAGCUUAGUGUACAUAUGAUUUUAGAUUACCUAAAAGGUAUCAAGUGUUUUAGUUACGUGUUAAAAAAUAGUUUUUUUUCCUUACUUCCUUAUCGAGUUUGGUUCACACAACAUUUCUUUAUAUUCUUAU